CUGUACUAAGAGGUAAGACCGUUUGAGAGAGAGGGACACACGUGCUAAGUGUCUAACAUGAUAACGCUCAUCCCAGCUGCCCCUCUCUCUUAAACUUUUCUGCAUCUGAAAUGUACGCUUUGCGAUGGAUUCGCCCAUCCCAUAGGGAUAAGUGUGGUGAUUGAGUCGCUAGUGAAUAUUGCACAUAGUUGAAAAUAGCGGCAACUGUAUGAAGAAUUAAACUCAGUGAUUUAAUAAAUUUUGCAAUGGCUGAAAAUAAAAAAUCUGCUGUAUUUGUUUGCCUAGGAAAUAUCUGCCGUUCACCCAUGGCAGAGGCAGUGUUUGCUCACCUUGUAAGAGAAAGGAAUUUAUCUGAUAAGUGGUUAAUUGAUAGUGCUGCUACAUCGGACUAUCAUACAGGGGAGAAUCCAGACUCGAGAGCGCAGAGUGUUAUGGAAAGCCAUUCUAUUCAUAUGAAUCAUAGAGCACGCCCUCUCACUGCCAAUGAUUUUAGAAAGUUUGAUUUUAUUUUUGGUAUGGACCAAAGCAAUAUACGGGAUAUAAAACGCCAAGCUCCAAAGAAUUGUAAAGCAAAAAUUCUAUUAUUAGGUGAUUAUGACCCUGAAGGUCCAUGUAUCAUCGAAGAUCCUUAUUAUAUGCUUCCUCAGAUGGGUUAAAGGCUAGGGAAGUUAUCUGAGAACUCUUAAUGUUCGAGCAUACAUCUGCCAAGUAGGGUUAUAAUUUGUAUAUUAACAUUUUUAGAACAGGUUGUAUUAGCAAUAUUUCAGGGGAUACUUCAAAUACAGAAGGAAUAGUUAUAAGGAAUUUUUCGGAUCUUUGUAAGAGAGGCGAGGGUUGUCAUGGCACUGGAAGAACCAAGAAAACUGGAAAAAUAUUGGGAGUUCAAAAAUCAUCUAAAAAGCAGGAAAAGUGAAGGGAAAUUUUAAAAUUUCCAUUAAAAACUGGGAAAAUACAGGGAAUUUUAAGCUUUUAAGUACCUUUUUUUUCUUCAUCUAAAAGAUUCUGAUCUCUGAACAUUGCAUAAAUGAAAGGUAGUAUCCAUAGCACCAAAAAUGCAAUGGCUCUGUAAUCACGGAAACUCGUCCCUUUUCUAUUUGUUGCCCUUCUUUUCUUUGUGGAUCAGUAUAAUUUAGAUUUCAGCAACAAUUGUUUUCUUUUCACGAGAUUCCUGGAUUGCUGCAACUGAGGAUGUGCUAUGUCUCUGAGAGAAUAGAAUAAAUUUCUUUGUCUGUAAUAGUAAUAUUCAAUCUGCGGGAGCAUCGUUGUGGUGUUUAGCCACACAUGUGUUUAUGGAAUGGUGUAUUUAUUAUUUAAGAAAUUGUGAGCUUAUUCAGAGUAGAUUAAAG